GCGCAGAGAGCCACUGUGGAAAAGUUGUGAAUGAGAGUGAGAGGCUGAGGAUCAGACUGCUGGAGUUCAGAGUGUGUGUAGAAGACAUUAGCAGCUUCAGAUCAGUCUGUAUAUUAUUACUCUAUAGACAGACCCGAGUUUAGAGAGACACAGAGAAACAGAGGCGGCUGAAUAGUGUCUGGUUUAGGCUGUUGGUCAGGAGCUCCAGUGCAGCUGUUAAUCAAGAGUUUAGUUGAGGAUAAAAGGCAGCAGUUUCGCAGCAGCAGCAUCAGGUCGAUUCUGGUCCUCCUCUUCCUUCUUGUCUCUUUGUUCCUUCGCCAUGUCCCCGGGUGAUGUCUCGGAGCAGAGCCGGAGGUUGUGUGUCUUAUCCUGGGAGCAGGUGCAGCGUUUGGACUCUAUUAUUGGAGAGCCGGUUCCCAUUCACGGACGAGGAAAUUUCCCUACGCUUUCUGUGCAGCCUCGACAAAUCGUGCAGGUUGUGCGAGAACGUCUGGAGCAGCAAGGAGUCACCGUGAGGGACGUGAGGUUGAACGGAUCUGCAGCCAGCCAUGUUCUGCACCAGGACACAGGGCUCGGCUACAAGGACUUGGACUUGAUCUUCGGAGUGUCGCUGUCUGAUGACCAGGCCUUUCGCUUGGUUAAGGACGUGGUUCUGGACAGUCUCCUCGACUUCCUUCCUGAAGGGGUCAGCAAGGAGCGCAUCACAGCACUUACCCUGAAGGAGGCCUACGUGCAGAAGCUGGUGAAGGUUUGCAACGACACCGACCGCUGGAGCCUCAUCUCCCUCUCCAACAACACCGGCAAGAAUGUGGAACUAAAGUUCGUGGACUCUCUGAGGCGGCAGUUUGAGUUCAGCGUGGACUCUUUUCAGAUAGGCUUGGACUCACUGUUGCUUUUCGACCGCUGUUCAGAAACGCCGAUGUCCGAGAGCUUCCACCCCACUGUGGUGGGGGAGAGCGUUUACGGGGACUUCGAGGAAGCUCACAGCCACCUGAGGGACAAAAUUAUCUCUACUCGCAACCCUGAGGAGAUCCGGGGCGGUGGCCUCUUGAAGUACUGUCACCUGCUGGUGCGAGGUUUCCAGCCGAGGUCAGAGGCUGAGAUGAAAUCGCUCCAGCGCUACAUGUGCUCCAGGUUUUUCAUUGACUUUCCGGACAUCGGGGAGCAGCAGAGGAAGCUGGAGUCCUACCUGCAGAACCACUUUGCUGGCAUGGAGCACAAGCGCUAUGACUGUCUAGUAAGACUCUACCACGUGGUCAACGAGAGCACGGUGUGUCUGAUGGGACACGAAAGGCGGCAGACGUUAAAUCUCAUCUCCACGCUGGCGCUGCGGGUGCUGGCCGAACAGAAUGUCAUCCCCACUGUUACCAACGUCACGUGCUACUACCAGCCCGCCCCUUAUGUACGGGAUAUUAACUUCAACAACUACUACAUAGCUCACGUGCAGCCGCUGAUUCACACCUGCAAUAACUAUAACCAGACUUGGCUGCCUUGCAACUGACCCACAAAUCCAGCACACAAGAGAAAUAACCUUUGUGUUCCGAAUGAGUGAUAAUUUAAAUGCAAGCACAGUGAAAAGUUGUUUCUCUGCUGUUUUGCUCUCAACACAAUAAAAGAUGAGAAUAAAGCAAUGGAAAACUGAAUGACUCUGAAAAACAAAGUGACUCUGAGGUGGACUAAUCAUUUACUGCUGUAUGUCUGAAAUGAGCCAAUUCUAAUGCAUAUUUCUAUUGCAUUUUCUCUGAAAUCUUUGCCGACUGGAUGUGGGACAUUUGGUCUUCAAAUGUAGCAAUUAUUAUGGCUUGGAUUCGCAGCAUUUUUUCUUGUCUGUUACCAUGUACCAGGCUAAAACGUAAACGUAAAAAGACUGGGAUUUUAAAAGGAAAAGGCUGCAUUUUUGAGGCAGCAAGUUUAGUUAUGUAUGUUUUCCUUUUUGCCUGACUGUGGUUUCAAUCAACCUCUGUUUGUCUCUUGCCGUUGUUUAAAGGACCAAAAACAUUUUAUUUUUGUUAAGAAGGGAAUGUUUAUUGUAAUUCCAAGUGCCUGAAACAAAACCGACGUACAAAAAAAGUGAGAACUGAGAACAUUUUGGCUCUCGUGAUUUUCUGUCUCCAGCAUUUAAAUGGAAAUCUUUAUUUUUCAGGGAUGGAGGCAUGUAUUUUCUUGUAAUAAAAAAAAAACACCUCACUA